AUAUAAAGAAGUUACAAGAAAGACCAACGAGUCAAAACCGGACACAUGCCGUCCAGACGCGUAGUGAUUAAGUGAAAAAUUAUUAAAUUGGAACUAACUGUGGACAAAAUGGUGCACUCGAAAAUACUACAAACCGAAAACUCCAGAACCCUGUUAACAGUGUCCGAAAAGUUGGAAAAAGAACCGCGAAAAGCGACACAAUUUUUGGCUUCGGCGUUAGCGACACUGAGUGCGCUAUGCCUCGGCAUGUGCCUCGUGUGGACUUCCCCGGCCUUGCCCAUGCUGGAAAACCCCCAAAGUCCCGUUAAAAUUUCCAAGAGCGAAGGCGCCUGGAUUGGUUCACUUCUGACCCUAGGGGCUUGCCUGGGUGCUAUUCCUACAGGACCCAUCGCCAAUUGGGUGGGUCGGAAACGCACCCUUCAAUUUCUAGCGCUACCGCUUUUCGCUUCAUGGAUGAUUAUAGCCUAUGGUGAUUGCGUGGCGGCGCUUUACGUCGCCCGUUUUAUCGCUGGAGUGGCGUGCGGCGGCGUCAGUGUCGCCGCCCCCAUGUACAUAGCGGAACUAGCACACACGUCCAUCCGGGGGACUCUAGGGACGUUUUUCCAGGUCCUGAUUACAGUGGGUGUGCUUCUGGAAUAUUUACUGGGGGGAACGAUUACUUCCUUCCAAUACCUCGCCCUGGCGUCGGCCGCCUUCCCGCUGCUUUUCCUGACGACGUUCUCGUUCAUGCCCGAAACGCCGGUGUAUUUGUAUACGAAGGGGCGGAUCGACGACGCGAGGAAGGCGCUCCAGUUUUUCAGGGGACGCCACUACAGCGUGGAUGAGGAAUUGAUGAAGAUCGCUGAAGACAUUAAAGAGGCGACGGCAAACAAAACUAGUUUGGGGGAUUUGUUGAGGUCGAGGGUAACGCUUAAUGGGCUGGUCAUUUCUAUGGCAUUAAUGGCCUUCCAGCAGCUGAGUGGCAUAAACGCUGUGCUUUUUUACGCCGCCAAUAUUUUCGCCGAAACGGGAAGCUCGAUGGCGCCGGAUACGUGUGCAAUUUUGGUGGGAGUAGUGCAGGUGGUAGCGACGAUGUUAUCAACCCUUCUCAUCGACAAAGCCGGCCGAAAAAUCCUCCUCUUUCUCUCGUCGCUCGUUAUGUGCAUUUCGUUGGUUUCUCUAGGAAUCUAUUUCCACGUAAAAGCGACCCAAGACCUCGCUUUUUUGAGUUCGCUACCUCUGGUAAGCUUGGGGCUUUUCAUCGUCAUGUUCUCGGUGGGUUUGGGACCCAUCCCGUGGAUUAUGCUGGGGGAAAUCUUCACUCCGAAGACUAAAGGGGUAGCAAGCUCCAUUUCCGCCGCUUUCAACUGGGUGUUGGCGUUCACGGUAACCAACCAGUAUCAAAACAUGAACGAUACUUUAGGGGUAGGACCCACUUUUGUGCUUUUUGGGGCGAUUUGUGGGGUAGGGGCGAUUUUUGUGAGCCUGCUUGUACCUGAAACGAAAGGAAAGGAUGUUGAACAAGUCCAAGGGGUCUUAAUGGGGAACAGAAUUCUCAACUGUUCGUGCAGAAGCAAAUCGACUGAAGUGUAAAAAUUUGGUUUAAGUACUUAGAUUUAGUAUCGUGAUAGGUAUUUAUUUAACUAAAUAAAAUAAUAAAACACU